AUGGGAACAGUAAAAGGAUAUGCAAUCAAAGCCAAGGAACUUGAGUUUGACACAACAAAGAGUGCAAGAAAAGUGACUGUUGUCAAAGCACCAGGUCAGGAAGGGUUAUUUUUGCAGGAGCUCUCCAAGAGGAUACAAACAGGGAAGAUGGCACAGCCAGGUCCCGGCGGGGGGUCAGUGGCUGGGGGCGGCUCGGCGGCGGCCCUGCUUAGCCUCCUGAGGCGGCCGCCGGGCGAUGGGGGGGGGAAGAGCCUCAGCCUCGGGGUCCUCAGCCCCGGCAUCGUGCUCCUGGCCGCCGCCGCUCCGGGGUGCGCGGUGCCGCCGCAGAGCUGCCAGGCCCUCCGGAAAGUUUUCCAGCUGCGGCAGCUCGGCUCCCUCCGGGGCAUUCUGGAGUCCCCGCGAGCAGGGGUUGAUCUCCAGGUUUGUGCUUCUAAAAAUCCAACAUGCUGCAUCAAGAAGAUGGAAGAAAGAUACCAGGCUGUGGCAAAGCAAGAUAUAGAGCAAGUGCUUCAAACAUCAAGCGCUACAUUAAAAUUUUUAAUAUCUCAUAAUGCAGCUGCUUUUCAAGAAACCUUUGAAAUGCUUAUCAGACUGGCUGAGAAUUACACAAGCACACUUUUCUGCAAAACAUGCAGAAACAUGGCUGCUGAAUCUACUACACAUGUUCAGGAGUUUUUCACAGAUGUUGGACUCUUCAUAUUUGGCACAGACAUUAGCACAGAGGAAUGUGUGAACAGAUUUUUUGACACUCUCUUCCCAGUCAUCUACAACCAUGUGAUUAACCCUGGUCUGACUGACAUUUCAAUGGAAUAUGCGGAGUGCCUCCAAAUGGCGAGAAGAGACAUCAGACCCUUUCUUAAUAGUCCCCAAAAGGCCAUAAGACAAAUGGGAAGAUCACUGUCACCCAGCCAGACUUUCUUGCAGGCUCUGAAUUUGGGGAUUGAAAUGAUCAAUAAAACAGAUCAUCUGCAUUUCUCUAAAGACUGUAGCAGAGCUUUACUGAGAAUGCAGUACUGCCCCCAUUGCCAGGGGCUGACUGUAUGUAAGCCCUGUAUAGGCUUCUGCCUCAACAUCAUCCGAGGCUGCUUAGCUAACACAGCAGAAGUUGAUCUUCAUUGGCGGGGAUAUAUUCAGUCCCUGGAGGAGCUCUCAAGUGCCAUGCGUGGAACAUACGACAUUGAGCAUGUGCUUCUGAACUUCCACUUGCUUGUUAAUGAUGCUGUCCUACAGGCUCGUGUCAAUGGGCCAGAAUUAUCUGAGCAGAUGAACAAGGUAUGUGGUCCUCCUGUAAAGAAGCCUACGCAGUCUCCGGAUUGCUCCUUAGAUCAAAAUAGAGAUAAUCAAGGGUUGAAGAUAUUCUGAAGAGACAGCGAAGAAACCCUCUCCAGCAGCAGAAGGUAAGAUAUUAGUUUUACAGCCAGAAGGAAAGAAUAAAGUAAGCCAUUAAUUUUACAACAGAAUAGACUAUAUUCAAUGCAAUGGCAUGCAUUACUAGAGAAUAAAUAAAGAUUGCAAAGAAUGAAGCGUUUCAGCAACAUAAUGUGCCGUUACAUUUUAGAAAGAGUAAUUUUAUGACUAGAUUUUCUUUUCUGAAAUAAAGGACAUAUGACGAGUCAUUUGGUGUGGCUUGAAGCAUUCAUAAGUGGAUAACAUUUGUAGAAUAUGAACAUUAGCUUUAUAUUGAUGUAUACAUUUUCAAAUUACAUUU